AUGAGGUUCAGAACAAGGGAACUCGACUUGGUAAGGGCCAUCGAUGAGACCUUCCUUCGAAUUGCCGAGAUCGGACUGCGUGUCCUGGAAGGCGUUUGGUCGAUCAUCAUCAUAGGCUUCGUCGCCGCCGUCAUGAAUGGUCUCUCAAACGCAGAUGCCGACGUACCACGGAAAGCAACAGCGACAGUGGUAAUAGCCUCUAUCUGCACCGUCUACUCGGGCGUCACCAUCUUACCCAUGUUCUUCGGAGGGGCCUUGUUCUUCUCGCUUUCAUUGGUCUUCGAUAUCCUCUUUAUAGCCGCCUGGGCAACUUUGAUCGGUCUUUGGGAUAGCGAUGCCACGGACUCAUGCCGUCACUUCAAAACCAAGUACUUUGACGCCAAGCCUUCAAAAGGAUACUUCCAAACCGAUUGCGAGCUGGUCAAAGCCAUGUUUGCAUUCAUGAUCGUCAAUCUGGUGUCAUUUUUGGCAUCAGCAGUGAUCGCCUUCUGCCUGCGUUUGAUCGAGCUCGACAUUGCUAUGAGCUGGAGAAUCCCUCCACUGGUGGACAAGUUCGACAAGCGGGGAAGACAAGCUGUACACUGUAACUGCUGCAAGCACAACAAGAACAAUCCGUCACCGCCGCGGAGCUCUACCGCAGAGAGUACCGCGCCAUUGGUGUAA